AUGUCUCAGCCUCUGCCAGCCCCCGAUAACGUUGCCGCUCAAUUGCCCACUCCCAAUGCCCUUAGCGCGUACAACGUCUGCUUUGACUUUAAACAAUCCGCCUCCACCCAGAAGAACGAUGAAUACCUCAUCGCUGCUAGGGUCUUGGGAUAUUUAACUCUUCAUGCCCCUUCGCAUCAUGCAUUGGCGGAGGUUGUCGAAACAAUCCAUUCCUGCCGCCAAAACAACCUGACCCUCUCUGCAUUGGGAGAGGCAUUCAUUGUGUGGUUUGUACGUCCUUUUAAGAAAUAUAAGGGGCAGACCCCUGAUAGCUCUUUGCACCCCAGCCGGCCAUCCUCAGUCGAUGAGGAUGCAGCCGCGCUGAAAACUUCAAUUCAGGAGGCACCGAGAGACCACAGUGCUGCAAAGAGACAUCUUAUCGCAUAUGGCGGCCUCAUUGCCACCCAAUGCGCUCACAUCACCCCCGCCUCUACGUAUUUCGACGUCAAUAUUACUACUAGGGACUCGACCCCAGACCCAAACGAAAAGGACUACGCAGCUUCAGUUCUAGCCGUCCUGAAGCGCUUUGGCUACGAUGUCGACACAUUGAAUGGGGCCGGCGUGCACUCGUUAUUCAACGUGAUGACCUUGGAGCGCAAUGAAACCGCAAACUCCUACCGCUUGAAGGUCGCGAACCCGCUAUACCUUCCGGGGGGACCCGCGGUGGUCACGUUCAGCACCCCCGAUCCAGAGCACCUUCCAGUUCCUUCUCCCCACUUGCUCUCGUUGCACGCGGCCUGUGCGAAAGUGGCGAACCUUUCGGGUGCGGCUGAAUACCUCGACAAUCUGGAUCGUGAAAUGGAAGCGACGAAAGUAUUGGCGUUUGACGGGGGCUCGGCCGAAACCUUGUAUUAUGCGAUUGCGCGGCUUGCGGGGAAGCUGAAGAAUCGAUGUGGGGACAUAACGCAUAACACGUAA